UAAUUCUUUCAUUGUCUUUUUGGUUUACUUUUGCGGGUUCGGGGCUCCCGCUCUGCAAUUUUUCGUUCGACUUGCUCGAUAGUGGGAUAUCGCGACAAUGAACAACGGCGGUCAAUCCAACUCGAGCUCAGAUUAUCGUGCCAUGGCCCCGUUUGUCAACCCUCAAGACUCGUACGCGUCACGCAAGGCCAAGAUCGAGGAGGCUAAACGAAAGCUAGUCGAAAUGGAACUACAAAAUGAUCUGGAGGAGGCUGUAAGACAAGGGCGGGAGGCUGAGCAGAGACUGGCAGCAAUGAAAGCCAAGGCAGCGGAAAUACCCAUCGUGACCGGGCUUUCAUCAGCAAGCGGCUCUGUGCAUUAUCCUAAUGCAGUCUAUCAGUCUGCGGAAGAAGCACCCUUGACAGCCAGAAUCGAAGGAGAAGUACGCGAUUCCCCUCCAAAUUCCUCUAGGCCGCCCAUACAAAUGACACAUAACCACCAACGUAACUACCCAACUACCAAUCAGUCACAACAGACAGGAUUUCAGGGGGAUAUUCCUCAAAUUUCAACGCAGCCACUGCUCCAGAGGCCAUCCUUUGCGCAAACACAAUCACAGGCAGCAGCACGGUCCCAAAGCUCGCAUGCACCAUAUCCUCUUGCCCCCUCAUUUGCUGUUCAUGGCUAUCAACAUUCACACCAAGCCUCGUCUACGCCCUAUCAGACCACGUAUCAGGGUGACCAGCCUCAUCAACAGCCGCGGUCUAGACAUAGUGAGGAAUAUUGGGCAAAGCAGAGUCAAAAGUAUGCGGCAGAGCUGGCUGGUGCAGGGAUAUCCCAUUAUGCCACUCAAGUUCAACAUCGAGUAGCUUCCCCAGCUGCACCGUCCGUCGCGACUAUCGUCUCAUCGACUCAACAUCCGUCUUUGUCAUCCGCAGAACCACAGACUACUAAUCGUCAAUCCUCAGGCAACCUUGCUCAGUCCGUCAUCACGAAACCAGAGUUCAUUCGGCGGUUCCAGUUGGCUUGCAACGGUAAGGCGCAAAUCCUUCGAAACUUUCUGAGCUCGAAUCCUGUGGCUGUGGAAUGGUGGUCUGAAGCUGCGCGCAGCGUCAAUCCAAAAAAUCUCAAAGACGAGGGAGUAGUCAAGAUGCUUAAUGACAUGAAAAAUCUUACGUGGUCUUCCUUUCAUCGAGGCAAUUCUUCAGCCUCUGCCAGUACCGACGUUCAUGUUCCUACAGCAAUCUCGGCAACAUCUGUAGCCACAGUUCAACCUUUGCCCCCGCCUACGAAUCCUCCGUCCGCUCAACAAAUGCUAGCAAGUCUCGGUUCAAAGGAAGACUUCGUGCGAUACUUCCAUGAACGAUUUCAGCGAGCAGACGUGAACGUGAUUGUCGACUUCCUCAUGCGAAAACUGCAUUCCGUGCCGGAGGAGUGGCGGAGGGCGCUCCUCGGCACUCUAACUCCAGAGUUGUUAAAGGAAUUUGGUCAUGCAUUGACUCGUGCAAAGGCUUCAACAGCUAGCAAACAUUUACCUGCGACUAGUACUACGAUGCCGGAUGCCUCCUCCAAUGGUGUGCCGACCGUCGCGCAGCAAAGUCGAACCACUGCUGCCAGCAAUGUUGUUACACCUGCAACUAUGCACACUACAUCUGAGUCAUCAAAGUCGAUUCCCGUACCCCCCAGACCAUCUGUUACCAAAAGUACGCAGGUUAAGUCCACGAAUGCACAUCCCCCCAGGGCGUCGACUUCAAAUCGCACUGUUGCAACUACCGUCGCUGCAUUGGCCACCAAGACAACCCCUGCACCUCAAGCACAAGCAUCCGUAUCGACUACGCAGACGGCGCCUUCAGCGCCCUCAAUGCAGCCAGCUAUAUCUCUGACCGGGACUAGUAUAUAUGGACAAGUGGAGGGCAGUGCUUAUCGCCCAUUCAGUGUACCCCCUCCAAUGAGUAUACCAAGUGCCGACGGCAAUGUUGCUCAAUACGCGUAUGAUCCGUAUUCGAAGAAAUACGUGCGGGUGGAUAUUCCGAAUGAGCACACAGUAUCGUCAGGAUCGAAUGCGGGUACACAUCACCAUGCCCCUGUGUCAAAAACAUAUGAUGGGCAGCAGCCGCCAGCUCUCGUGCCCCAGGGCAUACCAGUGUCCACGCAAGCUCCACCCACCGUAUUGAUCCCGCCCGCUACUCCACUACGACGGGAACAGAAUGGAGCUGCCCCAGUGGCGCGCACACCGCAACAGGCCGAUAGGUCGCGGCUCGCAAAAGAUAUCCUACGGUCAUUAGGAAUAAACCCGCCACCCGCGACGGCGGAAGAAGAGGAAGAGGCUGAUGAGGAAGCUGACGUAUCACCGGGAAAUUUACCAGCAACCGUAGAGCAUCAGCAGGAGACACCACCAUCUCGUAACUUAUCAGCUGAACCCCUUCACGAAGCCCCACAGGAGAUUAGCCUUUUGCAACCUCCUUCGAAUGGUUUGAUGGAACAAGAACAGCAGCCUCAAACACAAACACGGCAAAGUCCUAUCAAGGAAGCCGUUGCUAAUGACAUAAUCAUGGGUGAUGAACCAGGUACUACUACUCCCGAAAAGGACACUGCCUCCCCCGAAUUCUCAAUACCUGCUACUACACUAUGUCCAGCAUCCGCGUCUAUGGAUCAGGAGGAGUUGGCGCGUGGAGUUGAUGGAAUGUCGAUAGCCACUAAUGUGCACCGUUCCGAGCCUAGUCGAGAAGAUGGGCCUAUCGACAGUCCCAUAUCAUUCCCAGAUCUUGAUGAGCCUCUACCGCCUGCGCUUGAACCUGUGGGCAUCUCAUCUUCCGCCCCCAGCUUCAGGGAGCAAUCGCGCGAAAAGAGUGGGGACAAUGGGAGUGGAGCUCUUCCGCUUUUCCUGCCGUCGCUGUCGGCAUCACCUGCACCCUCUGACCAUUCUAGUGUCCCACUUCCACCGGAGACGGACGAUGAGGUUUUAAUGACAGAAUCCAUCCUGCGUGGUGGUUCGCCUUCUAAGAGCCGCGUAGAUUUGUUGGAUGUCGAUCACGCACGGACAUCACUACGAAGUGUGAAGAGGAAGAAAGGUCAAAGGGUCUAUGUGUUAGUACCACCGCCUCCUCCUGAGCUUAGGAGGGCUAUCAAGAAACGAAAGCUGGAGGAUCAAGGCAUAGUCUCUGGUUCAGAGGAGGAAGAGUCCAAAUACAAUGAUUUCGAACAAGCCCUCAUCGCGGACUGCAGAGUCCGAAUGGUUGAGAGACCCUGCCAAUGGAAUGGAUGUGACGCUCUGAUAAACUGCGGCGAGAACCUCUAUUUGCAUCUCAAGUUGCACUUGCAAGAGACUAGCUCUCAGGCAAGUGGAUUUUUGACGGCAAGAUCAGGUGACUCACCAAUCAUCUCAAGGGGUCCUUUAUAUGCCACUGGCAGGCAUGUCCUCGGAGGUUCAAGUCGGCAGCAGCUUUGGAAAAACACCUACAGAAACAUUCAUACUUCCCUCUGCCAUGUCCUCUUGCAAAUUGUUCAGAUGUUUUCGAUAAACCAGUUGAGGCGAUGGGACAUGAAGUGCGCCACCAGCAACAGGAAUCAAUCAAGAAGUUGGAGAUGAAACAGCCCCCAAAACCUCUCGCGCCAAAAAUACCUCCAAUGCUAGAUCCUCCUCCCAAUAGUCUGCCAUCUUAC